GAUCACAUUGGUCAGUGUGUGACUCGUCUUCACCGAAGACACAUCGAACAAAAUAAAGUGUGGCGUAUGACUAGGCCACCGCGGCGCUCGGUGUGAUCUGUGUGGCCUCUGCUUGGAAGUUGGAACCAGAAACAGCAAAGUAAGGAGGGGAGACGGGAGCAGUUUUUCCCGCUUCGUCCCUCGUUACGACUUGGACUCAGUUUGCCCAUCGUUUUGGACAUUGGAACAUCAAGAACUAAAGACUACGCGCCUGUAAUACUGUUGUGGUGUCUUGUGCGAAACUCCUUCCCCUGACAGCCAUGCGGCUUACGAUGGGCCGCAGCGGCAGGAUACAGCGGCUACCGCUGCUGUUGCUCCUCGUCGUCCUGAUCUCGGCCGGCGUGAGCGGCAAGCCUCAACAAGGAGCCGGAGAGGAAUCACCCGAAGGGGACUACGCAGACAACUACGACGAAUACAAUCCUGUCGAUUAUGAACCAGAAUACGAAGAAGGCGGAGAUGGUGGACGGAGACCAGCGCAACCCGGACGCAACGGACCUGGUCGAGCUCCUGCCUCGAAUGCUGUUGAUGAAGGAGAUAGCGACAGCAAUGGUGGAGACCGCAUAGAUGCUGCAGCUCCUGCACCGUCUCAACCAGAACCCACGGAAGAGGAAAAUCCGGAAGAUUAUGAACCAGGUCAGACCGACCCUCCACCGCCGCCUCCACCGGCCCCGACUACAACAACGACAACGCCGAGGCCUUAUCGGCCGCCUCCUGCUCCUCCAGCACAGCCACCUUCACGAGCUCCGGCCGCCCCACUGGUGACGGCAGCAGGCAACGAUGAUUGCGCUGGCGUCGUAUGCCCGGAGGUCGAGUGCGAGACUCAGCAGUACAUUCGUCUCGGCGAAUGCUGCCCGGUUUGCGCGGCCGUCGGUCCUGAAGAUGGAGAAGAACAAUCCAUGGGUCCACAGGGUGAGAUCGGUACUCCAGGUCGUCCAGGAGAAUCGGGUGAGCCUGGUACUCCAGGAAACCCUGGUAUUCCCGGUAACCCAGGACCUCCAGGCCCACCGCCCGAUGUCACUCCAUUCUUGCAAUCGUUGCAGUCUGCGCAAGGCGGAGCGGAAAAAGGCCCUGGACCAGAUCCGUUUUCUUUUCUUCAGGCUCAGACUGGACCCGUAGGUCCGCGUGGUACUGGUGGUCCCCCUGGCCCUCCCGGUCCUCAGGGAUUCCAAGGAGUUCGCGGUGAAGCUGGAGAACCUGGUCCAGUUGGCGCACCCGGAGGUGGUGGACCACGAGGUCUUCCUGGUCUUCCUGGCAAAGAUGGUGAAGCUGGUGAAGACGGUCAGCCUGGACCCACUGGCGCUGCUGGACCCGCAGGUCCUCGAGGCUUACCAGGAAUGCCUGGUCUGCCCGGUGUCAAAGGCCACCGUGGUUUUCCCGGUUUGGACGGAUCUAAAGGAGAACCUGGCCCUAGUGGCGAGAAAGGAACACAAGGUUUGACAGGCCCCAUGGGUCCUGUUGGUCCAACUGGCCCUGCUGGCCCCCGAGGUGAGAGAGGUCGUGAAGGACCCCCCGGCCCAGCUGGUCUCCGAGGAAUUGACGGUUUGGCUGGACCACCAGGACCUCCCGGCGCAGUCGGUAAAUCUGGCCCACCUGGUUUCCCUGGCAGUCCCGGUUCCAAAGGUGACAUGGGUGGCCCUGGGCCCAAAGGUAGUCAAGGCUUGCAAGGCCCGCGUGGAGAGGCAGGCAAACCCGGAGUUCCCGGUGAAUCAGGCCCUCCCGGCCCUGCCGGAAAAGACGGAUUGGCCGGUGACAAAGGUAGCCAAGGUGAAGUUGGUAUCGCUGGAGCUCCUGGUUUCCCCGGUGCUCGCGGUCCUCCUGGACUUGCCGGUAGCCCAGGUACCCCUGGUGCCAAGGGUCACCCCGGAGAGACUGGAACGCCCGGAGUUAAGGGUGAAUCAGGCCUCAAGGGUGAAGUCGGUGCUGCUGGACCUCGUGGUUUACCUGGCCCAACUGGAGCUGCUGGUAAGCGUGGUAAGAUCGGUCCUCGUGGUACAAGCGGUGCGUCAGGACCUCCUGGUGAACGUGGUGCGCCUGGUGGAAGAGGUCUUCCAGGAGCGGAUGGACCCCCUGGACCAAAAGGUCAGAAUGGUGACAGAGGACCUGCCGGCCCUGACGGACCGAAAGGUAAACUCGGAGAUCCCGGUCGUCCUGGUCCUCCUGGUUUGCAAGGACUUCGUGGAUUACCUGGACGUACUGGACCUCCUGGAAAGCCCGGUAGUGCUGGUGAACGCGGCUUACCCGGUGCUGACGGUAAAAACGGUGAACAAGGACCUCAGGGUAUCCAAGGUCUGCCCGGACCUACCGGUAUCCCGGGAGAACGUGGUCUUAUGGGAGAGAACGGCAAAGAUGGAGAUCCUGGACCGACUGGAGCACCUGGACCUCGCGGUGAUUCCGGCAAAGAUGGAGCUGCAGGUGCCCAAGGUCCUCCCGGUCCUCCUGGUGCCGAUGGCGAACGUGGUCCUCCUGGUCCUACUGGAUCUCGUGGCUUUCAGGGACUUCCUGGUGUUGCCGGAACUCCUGGUAAUCCCGGAAAAGAUGGCGAACCUGGUCUUCAAGGUGUUUCUGGCCUACCGGGUGCCAGCGGUCCUCGCGGUGAGCGUGGAUUCCCUGGCGAACGUGGACCUGUUGGUCCUCCUGGAGGUCCUGGUGAGCGCGGUCCUGUCGGCAUGAUGGGAGCCGAUGGUCCAUCGGGUCCAUCUGGUCCUAAAGGUGACAAGGGUCAUGCUGGUCCUUCAGGUCUAGUGGGUUUGCCCGGUCAACGAGGCCAACCUGGUCUGUCUGGAGAGAAAGGUGAACGCGGAGCUCAGGGCUCGAUUGGUCCCGAAGGUCCUGCUGGCAAACAAGGUGAACGUGGUCUGCAAGGUAUCAUGGGUCCUCCCGGACCUCCUGGAGAGCCGGCUGAACGCGGUGAUACUGGGCCACCUGGACCACCAGGAGAAGCUGGCGCGAUGGGCAUGACCGGUGAACGUGGUCCACCUGGAGGUCCAGGCUUGCAAGGAUUCCCCGGACCUCAGGGUCCAUCUGGUAUUUCUGGUACGAAAGGCGAACGCGGUCUCUCUGGAGCCAAGGGUGAACAAGGUAACCCCGGUGCCGUCGGUAAUCCUGGUGAACCUGGUUCACCUGGUUUGCAAGGAUUGGUGGGACCAAAGGGUGCCCGUGGUGAAUCUGGCAACAAGGGUGAUCAAGGACUUAUGGGACCUCCUGGACGAGCUGGAGAACAGGGUCCCGCUGGAUCACAAGGACCUCCUGGACCCCCUGGCUCAGCCGGUAUGCCUGGUAUCAAGGGACAACCUGGUGACAAUGGUCGCACAGGUAAUGCAGGACCACCUGGACAACCAGGAGCCCCAGGAGCGGAAGGCCAGAAAGGAGAACAAGGCAGCGAAGGACCUAUUGGACCUGUCGGACAGUCUGGUCCGCAAGGCCCUCCUGGUGAUCGAGGACUCCCUGGGCUUCCAGGACCCGUCGGUGCUGUUGGUGCUCGCGGAUUGCGGGGUUCAGCUGGUGAAACUGGACCUCCAGGCAGACCUGGAAACGAAGGCCCCCCUGGACCUAUUGGUCUUGUCGGACCACUCGGCCCUAUUGGUCCACCCGGUGAACCCGGACCUGAAGGCUCACCUGGUAAAGAAGGACCCCCCGGUAUUGGAGGCCGCCCUGGAGACAAAGGCCCCCCUGGCUCUGUUGGACCUCUUGGACCUCCUGGACCUCCUGGUCUACCUGGAUCUCCUGGACAAUCUGGUCCUCCUGGUCCUACUGGAGAACGUGGAUCCAUUGGUGAAACUGGCCCGAUGGGUGUUGAAGGCCCUCCUGGACCCCGUGGUAAGCCUGGUGUCCAAGGAAUCCAAGGAGAACGUGGCGAGCGUGGAGAGUCUGGAGCUAAAGGCGCCAAAGGUCAUCGCGGUCUCAUUGGUUUACAAGGUCUUCCCGGCGCACUCGGCGCCCAAGGAGACCGAGGACCUAUGGGUCUUGCCGGACCUCCUGGCAAAUCUGGUGAACCUGGACCUAAAGGUCCUUCUGGUCGUGACGGAAGCCCUGGGCCCCAAGGUAUCAUGGGUCCUCCUGGACCCCGCGGUCCUGCUGGUGAAUCUGGUAAAUCAGGUCCUCCUGGUUCUCCCGGUCCCGCUGGACCUCCUGGACCCCCUGGUGAAUCAAUGGGUUACGAUGCUGCCGCACUGGCUGCUAUUCUUGGACAAGGUUCAUCCAAGGGACCUGAUCCAAUGGCUGGUGAUGAUCCGUCUCGCCUCUUUGCCAAACUAACAGACGAUGACCGCAAAGCCCUGGUAGUCAAGGCUUACGAACAACUGAAGGUCUCGUUUGAUAAAUACACGAAGCCCAGUGGUGACAAGGCUGCUCCUGCCAGGACCUGCCGCGAUCUGGCCGUCGCCCACCCCGAACUCCCAUCUGCCGAUUACUGGAUCGAUCCUAACCAAGGAGACACCAAGGAUUCUAUCUUGGUAUUCUGCGAUAUGAACCGCAGAGCCACUUGCAUCCGACCUAAACCGGAAAAAACCAAACAAAUUACUUAUCUCGGCAAACCCCGUGCUGAAGUAUGGUUCUCGGAAAUGGAUUCCGGAUUCCAGUUUACUUACAAAUCAGACAGCAACCAAAUGACCUUCUUGCAACUGUUAUCUACCCACGGAAGCCAGAAUCUGACUUACCAUUGCCGCAACUCUGUUGCCAAUUACGAUGCUAACGAUCGGUCUUUUAAAAAAUCCAUGAAGAUCCUUGGCUGGAACGAUAUUGAGCUCAAUGCCAUGGGCAAGAAGAGAUUCAAGUAUGAAGUUAUCGAAGACGAGUGUAAAUCUCGCGCCGAUACCUGGGCUAAAUCGGUUAUUACAUUCGAAACGGACAAGCCUAACCGAUUGCCAUUCGUUGACGUCGGUAUUUUUGACAUAGGCGAGCCGAACCAACAGUUCUCCCUGGAGAUAGGCAUGGCCUGCUUCUGGUAAGAAGAAGCGGUCCCAUUUAGCGGAGCGUCAUUUCCAUCCUCGAUUAAGCACCAUCACGCUCCUUCAUUCUCGAAAAAAAAAAAAAAACCAAGUUUAUUCACAUCCCCCACCCCAGCCACCCCCAAAAAGAUUCAUAAAAAUUAUCAUUAGAAAUAUCAAAGCUAGCCUUACUCGUCGCCGUUUUAAACACUGCCAUACCAGUAGAAGUCUAGAGCCUGUUUCAAUAUUUUUAAUUCAACUUAGAAAGUUUGAUUUUUUCUUUUAAUUAACUUGGAACCAGAUAUUUUUGAAAUUAUUUCUGAAUUGAGAACACAGGCUUUCGUUGUUUGUUUUAUUUCUCAUCAAAUUCUUUUCCGAUGGUCGACCCCCCACACCUUUAAUUGAUUGUCCUUCUUUCUGUCAUCUCCUGAACCCCGGUGUGUUUUUCUCUCAUGAUAACAGUUUACGUGCCUAAGCAGUCAGACCCUUUUGUAAACGCCUUCAUUUUGCUUUUGUUCAAGACAUUUGGGUAUUCGUAAUGUGUUGGAAUUUGGACCCCCUCUCCUUCAUCUACAUUUUAUCCUCUUUGGAUUUUCCUAUGAACAUGUGGCAUUUCGAAUCUCUAUCUGUCUCUCAAGGUUUUCUUAUGACUUCUGCUUUUUGUAAAGAAGGUUCAAUACACAUACAAAACAAA